AUGUUUUACGAAGAAAAUCAUCGAAUUGAUAACAAAAAUGUGAUUCACGAUUUGCGUCGCCCUUAUAGCUCAGUGGCAGAGCGUUGGUCUUGUAAACCAAAGGUCCGUAGUUCAAUCCUGCGUGAGGGCAGAAUAUAUUUUUUGAUGUUUUUGGUUUCAAUGUUCAAGGAGAGCAGUUUUUUGAAUAAAAAAUAAAUAAGUGAGUGAGUGAGAAAAUUCGUUUUGAUCCGAGUGAGAAACGAAGCUUCGGAAAAUUGAAUUUCGAAAAACGAGAGAGAAAAAAACUACGCAAGUCAAGUCAUGAGAAGAAUGCAAAUUGAAAAGUAAACAUAUCUAUAUAAGUAUAUAUGAAUGAAGUGUGUAUAUCAAAUUUCUUAGGCUUAGAAAUCGGUAGGACCAAAAAAAUAAAAGAAGAAAAAUGAAAUAAGAAAGUUUGCCGGAAAUCAAUUUCCGUCUUUUUAUGGAUGAGUAGAACUGAAAGUUUUUUUUAUUUUUGGUGGUGGUAGGUUUAUUGUAGAAGUGGCGUAAAAAUUGGAUGCUUUUUGUUUUUCGGGUGUGAAAAAAAGUGAAGAAGAAGAAGAAAAAGAGAAGCAAAAAGGAAGAAUAAAAGAAGGACCAAUAAAUUUCCUAUUCACAUUUCUUUGCAUUGUUUUUGGCGCAGAAAGAAUGAAAAAAGAAGACGUCAAAAAUAUCUGGCUGAAAAAAAACACACACAAAAAGAAAAGUUGUAUAUGUGAGAACAUUUCUAUUGUUUUGUUUUUUGCAAUUUUUGCUUCGUUUCCUGUAGAGCCAAGUAGUAACAAAACAACAGAAAAAUUUCAUAUCCAUUACCACUUUUGCCAACAAACAAGAAUUGCUUUUUAGAAGUGGGAGAGUGAAAAAAACGAAGUGAAAAACAGACGAAUAACUUUUUUUCUUAAUGGAAUGGGGCUUAUUAUGGGUUUGGGUUACUGUAGUUUCCGUGGUAUUUUAUCGUUUUUCAAAAAGGAAAGGAAAAGUCACUUGAUUUAUGUUCUCGGGUUACUGUAGACUGAUCAUUUGUCGAAGAAAUCUACAGUAAUAAUUUCGUGGUAAAAAAAAGCUUGACCUAAAAAUUUGAUUGUUGAUAAAAACCAAAGUUCAUCAGAAAAAAUAUAGUUUGCUCAAAUUACAAAAAAAUGUUAUUUAAUGAGCUUGAAAAUUUUUCUGAAAUAAAAUUAUUUCACGUGAAACGUGACACAUAAAAAACCGAAAAUUAGAAAUCAUUUCAAUUUUUUUCACCUCAAUUCUGAAAAAUGAAUAAUCACUACGAUGAGCUGAAUCCUGUUUAUACUGCGAGUUUUCUCUCCAAAAUUAUAUCCCAAAAAACUCCGAACUUUUCCAGAUUCUCCAAGACAUUCACUCGCGAAUUGUUCGAAAAUUCGAUCGAGAAUUGGAAAAUGUGUGGCCGAAUUUGUAUUUGAUAUGGCCACCAUAUUUAAUGGUGUUUUUGGUCUUUUGUUUUGGACUCAUUUUGCGAUUUGGAAUUGGUGAGUUGUUAAUGGAAAUACUUUUACGGAUUUUUUUUCAGAAUCGAUUUCUGUUCGUUUUCCAUACAAGCGACCCAAAUCAAAGUCAACGAGAAGAUUUUUUGGAGGAUCCGAAAAUUUGUUUGAAGAAAGUGAUAUUCUUGAAUAUUUGGACAAACAACUAGAAUAUGCAUCUGGAUCAUUCAAAUUUCAAUAA